CAUAAGAACCUCUUCUUUGUGAGCUCUGCGUUUUGUGGAAAGUGGAAACACCAUUGAUCGACCAUGGAGGCUGCAAUGACGGGUGACCAUUUUUCCGAGAGUGGAUCGCUUCGUGUCGACGACGAGGAGGCUCUCAAAUGGGUUGCGUUGGAAAAGCUUCCCACGCACAAUCGUCUCAGGACAGCCCUCCUCCAGAAUCUCGGGGAGGAUGGACAGGAAAUUGCUUAUCAGGAUGUCAAGAAGCUCGGAUUCCAAGAGAAGAGGGGCCUCAUCGAAAAGCUGCUGGGCGUCCAGGAAUCAGAGGACGAGAUCUUCGUCAAGAGGCUCCGCGAAAGAAUCGAUAGGGUUGGAGUCGAGCUUCCCAAAAUCGAAGUCCGGUUUGAGGGUCUCACUGUUGAGGCUCAAACUCAUGUGGGAAAGAGAGCUCUUCCCACGCUCUACAACUUUGUUGUCAAUGGGGUGGAGAGAAUUCUCGGCUUGCUUCAUCUCAUUUCAUCAAACAAGCAUCCACUCAAAGUCUUGCGCAAUAUCAGUGGCAUCAUCAAGCCCUCCAGGAUGACUUUGCUCUUGGGUCCUCCCAGUGCGGGCAAAACUACACUCCUUCUUGCACUCGCUGGGAAACUAGACAAGUCACUUAAGGUUUCGGGUCGCAUCACCUACAAUGGCUCUGAUAUGACAGAGUUUGUGCCGCAAAGAACUUCUGCCUACAUUAGCCAGCAUGACUUGCAUAUGGGAGAACUGACCGUGAGAGAGACCUUUGAUUUUUCUUCCCGGUGCCAAGGUGUUGGAAGCAGACAUGGUAAUAUAAUCUUCAUCGCUAUUGCAUCACAGCUACUGACUAUCGCCAGCUCUUUGUUCUCUAAAACAGAAAUGGUUAUGGAGCUGGCAAGAAGAGAAAAGAAUGCCAAAAUCAAACCCGACCUUGCUAUUGAUGCUUACAUGAAGGCUUCUGCUAUCAAAGGUCAGGCAACCACCAUUGUCACAGAUUACAUCUUGAAGAUCCUAGGAUUGGAUAUCUGCGCUGAUACAGUUAUUGGAGAUGCAAUGCGCAGAGGUAUCUCCGGUGGACAAAAGAAGCGUGUUACUACUGGGGAGAUGCUGGUCGGGCCAGCCAAAUCUCUUUUUAUGGACGAGAUUUCAACUGGUCUUGACACCUCCACCACGUACCAAAUCGUGAAAAGCUUGAGGCAGUCGGUUCAUGUCUUGGAUGCUACUGUGAUUGUGUCUCUGCUACAACCAGCCCCGGAAACUUACGAGCUCUUCGACGACUUGAUCCUCCUGGCCGAAGGCCAGAUUGUUUAUCAGGGCCCGCGGGAUCUUGUGCUCGAUUUCUUCGACUCCCAGGGAUUCAAGUGUCCUGCAAGGAAAGGAGUCGCGGAUUUCCUACAAGAAGUCACGUCGAGAAAAGACCAAGAGCAGUACUGGGCUGACGAGGAGAAGCCUUACGAAUACGUAUCCGUAGAGAAAUUCUCAAGCGCAUUCCGGCAGUUUCAUGUUGGUCAGAACUUAGCCGAGGAGUUUUCGACGCCUUUUGACACGACUAAAUCUCAUCCAGCGGCACUUGUGACGAAGAAAUACGGCCUCGGCAAGUGGGACAUUUUCAAAGCAGUCCUGGCGAGGCAGAUGCUCCUGAUGAAAAGGGACUCUUUUGUCUACGUCUUCAAGUGUACACAGCUCUUUAUCAUGGCCGCGAUCACGAUGACAGUUUUCUUACGGACAAAUAUUCAUGCCAACAACGUAAAUGAUGCGACACUGUACAUGGGAGCAUUGUUUUUUGGUCUGGCUACUAUCAUGUUCAGUGGUUUCGCUGAGGUCUCCAUGACAAUCCAACGCCUCCCAGUGUUUUUCAAGCAAAGGGACCAAAAGCUAUUUCCUGCCUGGGCAUACUCAAUCUCUACAAUAAUCACAAGGCUUCCACUCUCGCUGCUGGAAUCAGCAAUCUGGGUGUUCAUGACAUACUACGUUAUCGGCUUCGCUCCCAGCGCUUCAAGACUCUUUCGCCAGUUCUUGCUUCUGUUCUUGGUCCAUCAGAUGGCAGGAGGACUUUUCCGAUUUAUCGCUGCACUCUCACAGAAAAUCGUCAUAGCAAACACGUUUGGCUCGUUCGCGCUCUUGGUCAUCUUUGCGCUGGGUGGCUUUGUUCUCUCAAGAGAUAGCAUACAUCCUUGGUGGAUCUGGGGCUAUUGGUCGUCUCCAAUGAUGUAUGGGCAAAACGCACUUGCUGUCAAUGAGUUUAGUGCAACAAGGUGGCAGCGGAUGGAUGGGAAUGCCACGAUUGCGAGGAACUUCUUACAGUCCCGAGGACUCUUUGCUGAUGGAUACUGGUAUUGGAUUGGAGCUGGUGCUCAGCUUGGUUACAUUAUCUUUUUCAAUGUUGGCUUCACGUUGGCUUUGACCUAUCUCCGCGCUCCAAGUAAAUCCAAUCAAGCAAUAGCAUCUGUGGAAACGACCAAAACGUACAAAAACCAGUUCAAAGCUUCUGAUAGAGCUAACGAGAUCGAGCUGAGCCAACCAGCUGAAAAGAAGAAGGGAAUGGUUCUUCCUUUCAAGCCUCUGGCGUUGUCGUUCAGCAAUGUCAACUAUUACGUAGACAUGCCUCCGGAGAUGCUAAAACAAGGCGUCACAGAGAGUAGACUCCAGCUUCUUCACGACAUAAGCAGCAGCUUCAGGCCUGGAGUUCUCACGGCUCUGAUGGGCGUAAGUGGAGCUGGAAAAACUACACUCAUGGAUGUUUUGGCUGGACGUAAAACUGGUGGCCACAUCGAGGGUGAGAUCUCCAUCUCGGGAUAUCCAAAGAGGCAGGAAACUUUCACCAGAGUCUCUGGCUAUUGCGAGCAAAACGAUAUCCACUCGCCAAAUGUGACUGUCUACGAAUCGCUCGUCUUUUCUGCUUGGCUUCGACUGUCAGAGGAUGUAUCAAAAGAGACCAGACUGAUGUUUGUAGAGGAGAUCAUGGAGCUUGUGGAGCUCACUCCUAUCCGCGAUGCUAUCGUUGGUCGCCCUGGAAUGGACGGGCUCUCCACGGAGCAGCGAAAGAGACUGACUGUAGCAGUGGAACUCGUUGCAAAUCCCUCCAUCAUUUUUAUGGACGAGCCAACUUCGGGUCUGGACGCUCGGGCUGCCGCGAUUGUCAUGAGAACAGUACGCAAUACCGUCAACACGGGACGCACCGUCGUUUGUACCAUUCACCAGCCGAGCAUUGACAUCUUCGAAUCCUUUGAUGAGCUGCUGCUCAUGCAACGAGGUGGCCGAGUGAUUUACUCUGGUCCUCUUGGAAAACAUUCGAGCAGACUCAUCGAAUACUUCGAAGCUGUUCCUGGGGUUCCUCGUAUCCACGACGGCUACAAUCCAGCAACUUGGAUGCUCGAGGUGACGAAUCCGGAUGUAGAAUACCGGCUCAAUGUGAACUACACUGAGAUCUACAAGUCGUCAACUCUCUACCACCACAACCAAGCUGUGAUUGCUGAUCUACGCACACCUCCUCCAGGCUCGGUCGACUUGUCUUUUCCUUCGGAAUUUCCUCUCUCGUUUGGGGGACAAGUAAUGGCCUGCUUGUGGAAGCAGCAUCGAUCUUACUGGAAGAAUCCUUACUAUGUUUUGGGACGCCUGUUCUUCACGCUCACUGCUGCUCUCAUGUUUGGCACCAUGUUUUGGGACGUUGGCUCAAAGAGGGAAAGGCAGCAAGACCUCUUUAACCUCAUGGGAUCCAUGUAUUCUGCCGUGUAUUUUAUUGGAGUUUGCAACGCAGCGGGGAUUCAACCAGUUGUUUCAGUAGAGCGAGCUGUAUACUAUCGAGAAAAAGCUGCUGGAAUGUAUUCAGCUCUCCCCUAUGCCUUUGCUCAGGUGAUCAUCGAGCUAUUCUACGUUUUGGUUCAGGCAGUUUCAUACGCGGGCAUUGUUUACUCAAUGAUGAAACUCGAGUGGACGGCCGCAAAGUUUUUGUGGUUCGUUUUCUUCUCCUACUUCUCCUUCCUCUUUUUCACGCUCUACGGGAUGAUGGCCGUGGCAAUCACGCCCAACGAGAGGGUGGCGGCAAUUUCUUCCACUGGAUUCUACGCGCUGUGGAACCUCUUCUCGGGCUUCCUCAUCCCUCGACCGAGCAUGCCAAUAUGGUGGAGAUGGUGCUACUGGCUUUCGCCACCCGCGUGGACUCUGUAUGGAAUCAUCACUUCUCAGCUCGGGGAUAUCACUGCGCCACUGAGGCUCACAGACGAGACGAGGCUGCCAGUGCCAGUGCAAGAGUUUUUGAGAGACUACUUCGGCUACGAGCGCGAUUUCCUGGGUGUGGUCGCAGGCGUGCAUGUUGCGCUCGUCGUUACAAUCGCGAUCGUCUUCGGCCUGUGCAUCAAGUUCUUGAACUUCCAGAGACGAUAAAGCAUCGCCAACACAUUUUUGCUCCAGUUUUGAUAAAUGUAAAUAUUAAACAGGGAUGUAAUCCUACUCUGAUUAAUUAAUAUUUAAUUCCAAUGGUCAA